UUGGGGCGCAGGGCACAAGGACAGCUCUGUAGAGCGUCUUUGGGGGAAAUGCGCGCCGUCCGGGUGGUCAGGCGAUACGCUGCGGCCGACGGGGCGCUUACAAAAUGUAGGCGUGAGUUGCGCCAGCCUCCUCCGAGCCCGGGCCUGGUACCGGACCUAGUACCAGGCCUGGUGCCGGGGCUGGUACCGGGCCUGGUACCGGACCUAGUACCACCUGCAGAAUUCUUGCCAACCCAGGUCUCAGCUUCGGUGCCGGGUUCGGUUUCUGUUGUCGUCAAUGGCGGCGUCGAGUGUGGGACAGCGCAAGAGGCAGCGACGGAGUUGCCUGGUCCGAGGGUCGGGAUCAGCGUUGCCCGCCAAUGCGCAUCCGGAUCGGGAUCGCGACACGUGUCAUUCGAACAACACUCAUGGCUGGGAGCGGGCGCAGAUAUUCACGUAGGUGAUCGUCAGGCAGUCGAUGCUUCUGGCCAUGGCCGCCAAGCUCUUGGCUAUGGCGGCCGCAGAGAAGCGGCGUCACUUUGGAGGUGCAGCAGGUCUGCCACCGGGUGUGCCGUGGCUGGUGGUGAACCUGCCGUCCGUGUCGGGAUCCCUAUCGCGUUCCCGUCUUGGCAAGCGGGGUAUCUCAACCACAGUCGUUCUUUGUUUUCCUCAUCUUCUUUGUCUGCUUCCUCUUCUCUUGCGAGCCCUGAGUCGGAUGGCCAGUCCGAAAGUGGUGGCGGCGGCCUUUCAUGGCUCCAACGAAUGAAGAACAUGGUCGGAUUUGGGAAGAAGGAGAAACUGCCGGGCGAAGACUUCACUCUCGAAGAUUUUGCGGAUCAGUUGAAGCAAGCUCGGCGCUUCGGUGGACUCACUCAGUUUGGCCGCGGCUUGCCACGAGGCGGUGAGACAGUCGUUGUUAAUUCUCUGAAGCGUCAAGAAGCACUUGUCCGAGCAUUAAUCACGCAUCAGAAGAGCGGAUCGCUGGAGGAUUUGAACUCUUGAUCUGUUCAUUAACAAACAGUCUGUGUACCAUGCAGCCACAUGCAGCCAGAAAGGGCAAAUGGCACAUGAGACAUGGGAAAACAAGGCGAAUGAAUCUAAUCAUCAUCA